AUGGUCGCGAUCCACCCUCCUCAUCAUCACGGCGCCCCGACCGACGUGCUCGCUCGCUGUCCCGAUCUUCUCAUCGUCUCCAUCCUCGAGACACUCCCCAAGCAUGACCUCUGCAGCGUGUCGCGUCUUAACAAGCGCUAUCAUGCUCUCGCCGACGCUGUCCUAUACAACACAGUGCAAUGGCUCAAGCCAGAGCUGCACCUCAUCUUUAGUCAAUCACUCACUCGACGACCCCGUCGCGGUUCGGCGAUUGAGGAAGUCAAGCUAGCAUACCCAGCAUCAGAGCUGACACGCCUCAUUUCGAAUACUCAAGAACGCGGGACCAUGAACGGCGUAUCUCAAACAAUAGCCACAAUGUCGAAUCUGAAGACGCUCGACAUCGCUGUUCCGGUCGCGCUUCUACCCAGCAUAGGCAACCUAUUCAACGGCCCGUUCGAUCUCGCUUGCUUGCAGUCCUGUACCCUGUUCUACCAGGAUGAGGAUGAUCAAUACUGGGAUCUGCAUGAGAACCUCCAUAUAUUUACACACCCUACCCUCGAGACGCUCGUUAUUAAGAGGGCAAAGCUGGACGAUCGAGGAUUCGAGAUGCUCGAGCAACCGCACAACACGGCUUUGAAGACGCUGCAUUUGAUAGAAUGCGAUAUUAACGACGAUACCCUAUCCGACGUUUUAGCUUUUCCUGAAGCCUUGAAAGAGUUUGUUCUUACGCAAAGAGAAGAGCCCGAGCCCGAGCUUGAAGAGAGCUCAGCCAGCAUCCGCGACUAUAUAAUUGCUCUUCAAGAGCAGUGCCAUUCGUUAGAGACUAUCACGAUCGACUUCCCAAUGCUCGCCAGCAGUAGACCUUUGGCGCUUCGGGAGUACGCGUGCCUCAAGACAUUACGACUGAACUGGGACUAUCAGCUCUUUGGAAAAUCGACAAAGAAGCCACGGAUGGCCUCCGUCGGCCUACCACCCGAAUUAGAAACCUUAGAAUUCUUCAAUCCCUUGGGUACGGAUGAAGAAGUCACAGAUUUAUUGGCAAACGCGAUAUCAAGUCUGCAUAUCACGUGUAGAAAGAUGAAGGAGUUAAUUGUUCUUGUGGAAGAGACGGAAAUACCGAAAGAUGUGUUGGAGGCCAUCAAGUCACAACCACAGUUGCAUUUGAGUGUUAUAGGGGGUGAAGAAGAUAGAGAUGACCCUGAAUGA